AUGACUAAUAGCGAUUACCUUCAUAUCAGUCAACACCCUAUUGUUGCCUCCAAGUUAUCUCAGUUAAGAGACGCAAAGCAAAACUCAAAGGUUGUCAGGGAAUUGACACGCGAUAUCUCAAUCUUGUUGGGAUAUGAAGCUUCUGCUGAUAUGACAUUGGUUCAAGGUGCUAUGGGUACAAGUACUCAUGGUAGUUAUCAAUCAAGCGAGAUAAGUGAAAAAGUAGGUUUGAUUCCUGUACUAAGAUCUGGGCUUGGAUUUGUUGAUGGCUUCUUGAACUUAUUCCCUGAGGCUCCUGUUUAUCAUUUGGGUAUUUACCGUGAAAAAGUGUCUCAUCAACCUGUAGAAUAUUAUAACAAAUUGCCUGAUUCACCCACAGUGGAAACAUGUUUUGUAUUGGAUCCGGUUAUUGCUACAGGUAAUACGGCAAUUGCAACUAUCAACAUGAUAAAGGAAUGGGGUAUGACUGGCUCUCAAAUCAAAUUUGUUUCAAUUGUUGGCUCUGAACAAGGUUUGGCUCAACUUCAAAAAGAACAUCCUGAUAUCCAUGUCUUUGUUGCUGCUAUAGAUAAGGCAUUGGAUGGAAAUGGUAUGACUACCUUAUCAAUUUUCCAUAAUCCUCGUUGUAGUAAAUCACGUAAUGCACUUGCUUAUCUUGAGCAAAAUAAAGAUAAAUAUAGCUACGAUAUUCAGGUUAUCUUGUAUCAAAAGCAAUCUUUGACUCGAGAACAAUUAUCGCAACUAUCUGAAUAUCUUGGUUUGGCAAAUAAACCUUCUGGUUGGAAGACGUUACUUCGUCCUGACGCUCAACAGUUGGUUUCAUCUUCAGAAGAAGCCUAUGCUUUAUUGGAAAAAGAACCUCAACAUCUUGAACGACCUUUUGUGGUUGAUUUUGAAAACAAAAAAGCUGCUUUAGGUAGACCUAACCUUGAUGCUAUUGAAAAGUUGGUUUCAAGUUUAUAA